AUGUCGCAACCCAUGGACGCACACGAUCCUAUCUAUACCAGUUCAAACGCCAUACAUGGGCAUCUUCAUCGUUCGGGAUCGCCUGAGCCAGCUAGCUUGCAGCCAACACGUACUCCGACAACCUCAUCUUGGGCACCACUUUUUGCUCGUUUUCGCAAGGGCACCCAGGAUAGCAAGGGUAGCAAGCGAAAGUCUUCGAUAGCACAGUCGCUCAUGAAGCCACGGAAACCGGUCGGCAAAGCUCCUGGUAUAGGACAUGCAUUGAAAGCAAUCCUGUUUGCUUCUUGGUUAAACGUUCUACUGCUUUGCAUCCCCGUUUCAAUAAUGACGUUCUCAUAUUCGUCACUUUUGGGUUUGGCGACCGAUGAGAUGUCGAUGCGAGUUGGGCAAACUCUCGCUGGCCUUCUGAAUGCCACGCUAGGUAACGCGAACAUUUUCACAAUUGUUCAUUUCUCAUUCGACAGAGUUGAACUGAUUGUGGCAAUCAUUGCCAUUAUUAAAUGCGAGCUUCAAAUCGUCCAAUCGUCGCUUGUGGGGUCAAUUCUGAGCAAUCUAUUGUUGGUCCUGGGAAUGUGUUUUUUUGCUGGAGGAAUGAGGUUCCAAGAACAAGGAUUUGGUGCAAGCGCCAGCCAGAUCAACUCGUCCUUAUUGACGCUCAGCGUUAUUGCUGUGCUUCUACCCGCUGCAUUCCAUUUUGCUGUCCAACCUGAUGCGUCUGACCCAAGCGAAGAUCCGUUAACAAAUCCGCAGGAAGCGGCGGAUAUCACGAAACUUAGUCAUGGUGUCGCAAUCAUCCUCCUUUGCAUCUAUGUGUCUUAUCUUAUCUUCCAACUAUGGUCGCAUGCAUCACUUUACCAGGCAAGUCGCACUCCGUCUGCUGUUGUCCACAAGUUAAGAAGUAGAAUGCAUAUUCGUCAUCAUGACGGUGACGAAGAGAAGACAGCUGAGACGGGUAAUGGUAAUGCAAAUGGAAGCGUAGUAAACAGCGAGACAACGCAUGCUCCAGAUGCCAAUUUGGCGGAGUCUCAGCCAAUCAAGGAGGAAGAAGAAGAGGUGGAGACGCCGAAUAUGAGUUUCCCCAUGUGCAUUGCAUUGUUGGUAGUCGUCACAGUGCUUGUUGCAGUUACCGCGGAAUUCCUCGUUGAUAGUAUUGACGGUGUCACACAACAAAGCGGUCUUCGCAAGGAAUGGGUUGGUCUCAUCUUACUCCCGAUUGUUGGCAAUGCAGCGGAACACGUCACUGCCGUCAUGGUCUCGGUGAAGGAUAAGCUUACUCUAAGUAUUGGAGUUGCUGUUGGUUCGAGUAUCCAAAUCGCGCUUUUCGUCAUACCGUUAAUGGUCGUUAUUGCAUGGGGCCUAGGAAAGCCCCUUUUACUUCUCUUCGACCCAUUUGAAUCAGUAACGCUGUUCCUUGCGGUGAUUACGGUAAACUACUGUGUACAAGACGGAAAGUCAAAUUGGCUGGAGGGAAUGAUCCUCAUGUGUCUAUAUCUCAUCAUUGCCGUUUCAUUUUGGUUCUAUCCAGGAAGGUGA